AUGCGCACUGCCCGGCGGAGAGCGGCGCGGAGCAGCGCGCCCACGAGGGACUUGGCCGCGCCGCCGGAGGAGCCCGGCUCGCCGCGAGGCGCCAAGCGGCGGCGGGCCGAGGCGAGCUGCGCCAAGCCGCGCCGGGCGCGCACCGCCUUCACCUACGAGCAGCUGGUGGCCCUGGAGAACAAGUUCCGGGCGACGCGGUACCUGUCGGUGUGCGAGCGCCUCAACCUGGCGCUCUCGCUCAGCCUCACCGAGACGCAGGUGAAGAUCUGGUUCCAGAACCGCCGCACCAAGUGGAAGAAGCAGCACCCGGGCGCCGACGGCGCGGCCCAGCCCGCGCCCCCCGCCGCCGCCGCCGCCGGGGCGGGCAGCCCCAGCCCGCCGGGCCCUAGCGCCCUGCCCUUCCAGACUCUGCCCUCCUACGCCGCGGCCAGCGUGCUCUUCCCGGCCGCCGCGCCCCUGGCGCUGGGCGGCGCCGGCGCCGGCCCCUUCGGCCCCUUCUUGGGCCCCGCGUACCUCAGCCCCUUCUACGCGCCGCACCUCUGA